GCAAUUUGUGGAAGGUGGUCUUCAAGCACAAAUGCAAUCAGAUAAUUCUCCUACUAGUGCGUGGAUGGGACGUGCGUAUGAGCAGUUCAUAAACACUGCACAUCAUUCAGGAAUGAAAUUAAAUCCUUCAAGCUCAAAUGGAAGUUGGGCCUGAUCAACAAAACAUGUCCUCACCUAGUCGUAGAGGCCAGACUGGUAAUAAACUUGAUGGCUGGCCCAUGAAUGAUCCCAUGGAAACUAACACGAAUGAUCGGUUGGCAUUCCAUGCUGACAAUGGUAGACAAUGGCAUGCUCAGAAAGGUGAUGUGAAUGGAGCAAUACAUACAGAAACUGACGACAAUUGUGGUAUGCACAAAUCUGCUGGGAAUCCAGUUGAUUUGACUGGUGGGAUAGAAUCUCAAGAUUCCUAUUUAAGUACCUUACCUGCUGCUGCAAAUUCGAGAACAUUGCCAAUAAAUCAGGAAAUCAGUCAACAGGAAUACAACAUUCAUAAAGUCAAUAUGGGGAGGCAUGUUUCUGUUCAUUCUAAUGUGAAAUCUAAAGGAGCUGAAGUUGCUGGCAUGUACCAGCAUCAGCCUGGUAAUGGACUUCAGCCAUGGGACUCAACCAUUAAGAACGUUGACGGGGGACUGACUGAAAAUAGCAACCGCAACCAAGAGUUCAGCAUUUCAAAGACAGCCUUAAAAGAAGGCUGUUUCCCUGGUCAUUCAAAUUCUGGCCAGCUUGCUGACAACAGGAGUGUUUCCAGAGAGAGUCCCUUCUUUGCUGGAAACGGUCUCCAUCAUUUUGUCGGUAGCAAUCAAAAGGCAGAUGAUCUCCCUGCUCAACAAAGCAUGGGGCUGCAUAAGUUUCGGUAUCAUCCCAUGGGAAAUAUACGGACGAAAAUGGAGUCAGCUGAGGCCCUUGAUCCAACUUCAUAUCCUCAGGGGGGUGGGCAAUUCCAAGGAUUGAAUAACCAGGAUCAGAGCCACCUUGGGGAAACGCAUUUUCCUAACGCUAUUGCAAACAAUACCAUGAUUGUGGACAAGAGACAAGCAUCAAAUUUUCAAAACACUGCAAAAGAUCAAGAGGAAGCACCAUCUAGGAGCUCUAUCCCCUACCCAGAUCCUACCCUCGAUGGGAAUACUCCAUAUUGGGCCCAUCAUAAACAGAUGGGUCAGGCAAGCCAAAAUAUGCUUGAGCUUCUUCAGAAGGUGGAUCAGUCGAGAGACAGCAACACAGCUGCUCAAUUUGAUUGUAAUGAUCAGAGGACACAAUCUGACAUCCAUAAGGCAACUGUUUCUGACAGGUCCCUUUCCUUUCCACACUACAACCAGUCAUCUGCACAAGGUUUUGGCUUACAAUUGGCGCCUCCAUCUCAAAGGCAAACACCUACCACAACCCAAGUCAUGCCCUGCAAGGCUUCCUCGCAUGAUUCAAGUGCAAUUGAACUUGAUGAAGAGGCAGUAAGCAAUGAGAACAAAUGGUCAGAUACUACAGUUUCUGCACGAUCCUUGCUUCCUGCAAGUGAAACCUGUCAUAGAGGAAAUUUAGAUAGUAAUUUCAAUGUAUCUGGGCAAGCAGACAAAGGGACUGCCCAAUCAUGUACUCCUUUUAACCCUUCAUCUACUGCUGCCUCUACUCAUUCUUUGGAAAAUCAACAGCAGCAGAGCUUCUCCCAUGCAACCAGAGAUGAAUCCAUGCAUCAGUCAGCAAAUAUUUCUUCUGAUCUUGGUGCACAAGCUAAGCAUUCUUCUCAUCUUGGACCCACCAAUGGCUCAUAUCUGGGUACCUUCAAUGAUCAAGAUGUUCAGGCCUCAAUGUCAAAUGCUGCUGGAAAAACGUUGCCUCUCAGACUCCCUUCAUCGCAUGAUACUCAGGCACGUGUUUUUUCACAUAUAUCCUCACCGCAUUCAGGCCUUUCUCAGCCAACAAGUGCUGGUUUUUCUCAUCUGAGAAGUUCAGGCCAACAUGGCCAUCAAUCAGAAGCAAAGCCAGCCUCGCAACGUCUGAUACCAGGUAUGCUGAAGCAAGCUGGUUUCUCAAGUAUGUUGCAUAACGUUUGGAAAAAUGUAUCCGCUCAACGCAUAUUAGGUGUUCUACCUCAGAAGUUUACUUCUAAUAUCCCCCAUCAGUCCAUGGUUCCAUCAACCAGUGGUGGGGAUACAAAGUCAUGGACUCCACAAAAAGCAGAUCACCAACGUAAUACAAAGGGAAGUUCUCCGUCUGGGUCUGCUACAUGUUCUGGUAAUUCUCAAGAAGUCAGUCGUGGAGAUCCAGUUAGUGACACUUGCUCUCCACAAAUUGGGAAGGCUGAUGGUCCUUCUAAAGUGAGUAAUGUACUAUAUGACCAAGAUCCAGCAGCAAAACAUCUUUCAGAUGCUAAUCCUGCACUGCCAAUUUCGUCUUUGGUCCGUCUACACCAGCAAGAAAUUAGCAGGGGAAAGCUUACUCAGAAUAUAGCCCAUGAUUUGCAGACACAUGCAUCCUUUCAAAAGGCUGCAUCUUCUAGUAUUGGGAACACUCAAAAACCAUCAGAUAUUCGACAGCAGAACUACUCUUUACUGCAGCAAAAUGCAAGCCAUGAAGGGUGUGGAUUCUGAUUUAGAUAAAAGGUUUGGCAAGA